AGUGGCAGCAGAUUAAUGUGUUCUCUCAUUCUGGAUCACCACCUGGGCUCCUCGGUCAUCAACUAUGACGACGAAAACGGCAAGACCUGCGUUCACAUCGCCGCUGCCGCCGGAUACAGCGACAUCCUCUAUGAGUUGGCGCGCUUUGCUGAGACCAACCUGCAGGCCCUGGAUGUGGACGAACGGUAACAGAAAUGGCAGCACAUUGUUUUCUUUGAAAUUGCAUGCCACCAGUCUAUGUUUGUCAAACAAAAACCAUUGAUUGCAAAGUUAAACAAACCAUAAAUCUCCAUGCACAAGGACCAAUUUUAACAAUUUCCACUGAACAUUUUACAAAAACAAAUUUACUUGAAGAACAGUGCAGAUGCAAAGUUUGGUAACAGAAUGACAGUUUGUGCUGUUUGUGCCGUCAUUCAGUUACCAAAUUUAUAAAAGUAGUCAUUGUGCAUAGAAAAUGUUUGACAAAGUCUCAGCAUCAUUCUGUUACCGUGGAAUUGACCAAUACUGGUUGGUAAAUGCAUUGAUUUAUCAUGAAUAACUGCACUAUUCAUGUAGGUUGAUCCGGUGGAAAGAAUAAGAUCUGUUCAUCCUCCAGGACCCCUCUUCAUUGGGCGGCAGCAGCGGGGAAGGAGGACUGUGUCCAGGCCUUACUGCAGCUAGGGGUGGAGACAGGGCCCAGGGAUAUCAAUGAGAACACACCGCUUACAUAUGCAAUGUACUGUGGCCACACUGCCUGCAUCAAGCUCCUCUCAGCUGACAACAGGUUGAAUAACGCUGCAUUCCGUGUGUGUGUGUGUGUGUGUGUGUGCAUAUACACUACCAGUCAAAAGUUUGGACACACCUACUCAUUCAAGGGUUUUUCUUUAUUUUUACUAUUUUCUACAUUGUACAAUAAUAGUGAAUACAUCAAAACUAUGAAAUAACACAUAUGGAAACAGGUAGUAACCAAAAAAGUGUUAAACAAAUCCAAAUAUAUUUUAUAUUUGAGAUUCUUCAAAUAGCCACCCUUUGCCUUGAUGACAGCUUUGAACACUCUUGGAAUUCUCUCAACCAGCUUCACCUGGAAUGCUUUUCCAACAGUCUUGAAAGAGUUCCUUCAUAUGCUGAGCACUUGUUGGCUGCUUUUCCUUCACUCUGCUAUCCGACUCAUCCCAAACCAUCUCAAUCGGGGGAUUGUUGGAGGCCAGGUCAUCUGAUGCAGCACUCCAUCACUCUCCUUCUUGGUCAAAUAGCCCUUACACAGCCUGGAGGUGUGUUGGGUCAUUGUCCUGUUGAAAAAUAAAUGAUAGUCCCACUAAGCCCAAAUCAGAUGGGAUGGCGUAUCGCUGCAGAAUGCUGUGGUAGCCAUGCUGGUUAAGUGUGCCUUGAAUUCUAAAUAAAUCACAGACAGUGUCACCUGCAAAGCACCCCCACACCAUAACACCUCCUCCUCCAUGCUUUACGGUGGGAAUUACACAUGCAGAGAUCAUCCGUUCACCCACACCGCGUCUCAAAAGACACAGCGGUUUGAACCAAAAAUCUCUCAUUUGGACUACAGACCAAAGGACAAAUUUCCACCGGUCGAAUGUCCAUUGCUCAUGUUUCUUGGCCCAAGCAGGUCUCUUCUUCUUAUUGGUGUCCUUUAGUAGUAGUUUCUUUGCAGCAAUUCAACGAUGAAGGCCUGAUUCACACAGUCCCCUCUGAACAGUUGAUGUUGAGAUGUGUCUGUUACUUGAACUCUGUGAAGCAUUUAUUUGGGCUGGAAUUUCUGAGGCUGGUAACUCUAAUGAACUUAUCCUCUGCAGCAGAGGUAACUCUGGGUCUUUCCGUUCCUGUGGCAGCCCUCAAGAGAGCCAGUUUCAUCACUUGAUGGUUUUUUGCGACUGCACUUGAAGAAACUUGCAAAGUUCUUGAAAUGUUCCGUAUUGACUGAUCUUCAUGUCUUAAAGUAAUGAUGGACUGUCGUUUUCUCUUUGCUUAUUUGAGCUGUCUUGCCAUAAUAUGGACUUGGUCUUUUACCAAAUAGGGCUAUCUUCUGUAUACCCCCUGUGGUGUCCAAAACAAACCUUUGCUGAUAAUGCCGUGAUGAUAAGAAGUCCGCAGACACUGUACUUUGUUUAUAAAGGUUUAUUAUAACAAAGAGUUUCAGCGUCAGAUUUACAGAUACCUGCAGAUAUCUGAAGAACAGCAGGAGCCAAUUCUGUAAUUCGCUAUUCUUCCUUUCCCUCUGUUCAAGACAUGGUAUUUAUAUCAUAUAUGACAUAGUAUGGCGUGAUUUUAAUACCCAAUCCCUGGCCUUUCCUACAUAUCUUCCCAUAUCCUUUUUUCCAGGAACUUAGUGAUGAUUUCCAGAUGUUUCAGCAAGCAGAGCCAAGUUUCCUCUAUUCCAAGAAACCUCUGUAGCAAUGCUUUUCCAAAUGCUUUAGCAAAGUAGAGUAAAGUUCAUCUAUUACACCAUUUGCAAACAUCAGCAAAAUCCUAGAGCCAAGUUUCCUCUUACACACUUUUUGCAAAGGUCAGCACAAUCACAGACUCUAAGACACUACAUAUUUCCCCCCUUCGAGACUAAUUAAGUCUCGAAAACAAAAAGAAUAGGAUUAUGACAAAUAACAAUUUUUGUUCUUGAGUAACUUUAACAAUAAACCAAAAUUUAUGGAGAGUAAACACAUGUUUAUAUAGACACAUUUUUGUAUGUAGUGUAAAUACAUUGUUAUGUAGUGUAAAUACAUUGUUAUGUAGUGUAAAUAAAUUGUUAUGUAGUGUAAAUAAAUUGUUAUGGAGUGUAAGAGCGAAAAACCUGUCUGGCAGCUUUCAUUCCAAAUAUCCAUCAGUCAGUCAAGACAGGAAAAUUCUCUCAUGGCCCCUCUGCCCUAGGCGACCACCUAAGUACUCCAGAUCAAUUUAUACAUCUUUAUCAAUACAUUUUAAGCUAUGAUGCAAUUGAAUACAUAUGAAAAACCCCAGCAAACAAAAUACAAUCAAAAUGUCCACAUUCAGGCUGGUCGACCCAUCGGACCCUCCUGUGGAUUCUCUCUGUCCUUGCCUAGACCCCAUAUUCCUAAACUUCAACGAAAUAAACAAAAACAUCUGAGGUCCCCACAUGUACCCAACAACAGAAAACAUAAUUCUUCAAAAAUUAAUACAGAAAGAAUAUAACACUGGAAUGUAGUCCACUACACUUCAUCUCCUCCACAGUGUCGACUUUCAAUGCGACGUCGAUGAUGGAAUCUGAACAUUUCCACACCUUCCUUGUUCCACUUUCUCCAGUCCAUUCAUAUUGUCCAUGUUUGAGUAUUUGAGUCCCACUACAUAUUCCCCCAUAUGCUUCUGGAAGAAAAGAAAAGACCAAACAGUAUCUUUUGCAAAACAACACUUGCAAAUUAAAACAUCAAUAUCAGCAAUAAUAUAAGAAUGUAUAUAUAAAAUGAAUCACAUUCCAUUUCCCCCCUUUGAUUCAUAACAAAACACUAAAUAUCACAAUAAUAUAAUUAUCCCACAAUCAGAUAUUCCAAAUUUCCUAGAGUUAUUUAAACCCUAGUUUUCAUAGCAUUUUAGUCUGACUUUUUCAAAAAAAAAAAUUCUUUCUCUAAUUUUUUCAAAAAACAUUUCACUGAUUUAUUCACAAAACUCUUUCCCAUUUUCUGAGUAUAUUAAAUCAGGAAAUUCCCACCUGCUUAUGACUUCUUUACACAAGAACUUUGCAACCGACUGAGCAUAUUUUAGCUUAGUUGAACAUCUUAUGUACCUCUUGGUAUAUGAAAGUAACCAAGAAUAACAGUCACACAUUAUUUUUCAGACAGAUUAUGCACCUGCCUAUGACAUAGUCAAUCUAUUCAAGAAAAUAUGAUUCCCAAAAACCAUACUCCUUUGUGAUCUUUAUCCUAAUCUCCCCUUUACAACAUUAGCUAACCCAUGUGCUUCCUGAAUCAUCAGACCUAAUAGGUCUGGAGGCGCUACUAUCAACCCCUCAUGGUUUCUCCAAAGACCAGUAGCAUCUUUGACGGCACCUCGGUCAAACCAUAAUUGUUUGUCGAUCGUAGAAGCAGCUUCCUGCAUCAAAAUCACAUCCUUAAGCGUAAUUUUGUCUUCCAAGUCCCACUGCAUGAGUGACCAGAAAACUUUGCCCAAUUUGUCCGCUCCUGUGACGGCUUUUUGCAGCUUCAUCAGCAGCUUUGUUCCCUUGUGUUACUUUUGACACAUCUGUCUUAUGAGCUGCACACUUAGCUAUCGCUAUCUCUGUAGGCUUCAUCAUAGCGUGUAACAGUUUCAUUAUUUGCGCAUGAUGUUGUAUCGGAGAACCAUCCGUUUUCUUAAACCCUCGACCUUUCCACACUGCUCCGAACAGAUGACAUACACUAUGUGCAUAUGCUGAAUCAGUGUAUAUCGUCACUCGCUUUCCUUCCGCUAACAAACAUGCUUCUGUUAGCCCCACAAGUUCAGCAAGUUGUGCAGACGCAGGCUGUGGUAUUACUUCAGCCUUUUCGACGACAAAUCCAGUUCCUUGGGCUUUGACUACUGCAUAGCCAGCGCACAAUUUGUCUCCCACACGAUAACAAGACCCAUCAGUCCAAUACUCCAGGUCUGCUUCACGUAAUGGAAAGGCUUGCAAAUCUGAUCGAAGCCUUGAGUAUUUCUCUGCUUCCUGGACACAAUCAUGUGGCUCACCAUCCUCUGAAGUUGGCAAAUUCUCGGCUGGAUUCACCGUAUCACACCUCACUAGGGUGACAUCUUCCUGCUCUAAGAGCCUGUGAUAGUCUCUGAGCCUAGGCAUAGUCAAUGUAUAUUUCCCAAAGUUCAGAAGAUUUCUGAGACUAUGAUGGGUAAGAAUUGUUACUGGGUAACCCAUUGUAACAGAUGAUGCUUUGUUAUACAUUGAAUAUACUCCCACCAUUGCUCUGUAGCACAGUGGUAGUCCUAGUUCUACUUCUGAAUAGGCAGUAGAGUAGUAGGAAAUAGGCUGAGGAUUCAUCCCUGUGCCUGUCGGCUGACAAAGAACUGCACAUGCAUAUUUACCUCCAGUAGAAGUAGACACAUAUAGCAAAAAAUUCUUAGAGUAGUCUGGUAAUGUGAGUGCAGGUGCCUCCUGCAACCUCUGUUUGAUCGUUUCAAAUGCCACAAGGCCUUCCUGUGUCCAGGAAAGAUUGCUAUGGAGUUGACCAUUUCCAGUAUCCUUAACCAUAGCUCUCAAAGGUCCUGUCAAACUAGCAUAGCUCUCAACCCAAGCUGAAGAAUAUCCAGCAAUACCAAGAAAUGUCAUCAUCUCUCUGACAGUUCUAGGCUUCGGAGCCUUACGAAUAGCUUCCAAUUGACUAUCCGAAAUGCUUCUGUUUCCGUGCGUUAUUUUCUGACCCAAAUAAACAACCUUCUCCUGGCAAUAUUGCAACUUUUUCUGUGAAACCUUAUGUCCAUUUUCUGCCAAUACCUGUAGCAAUUUAAUUGAGUCUCUAUGACAUGUUUCCUUAUCCUGUGAGCAGAUAAUUAUAUCAUCUACAUACUGAAUGACAGUGCUUUGCAAUAUCUGAUCUAUCCCUACCAAAUCUUCCUUCAAUACUUUAUUGAAAAUGUGAGGGCUGUGCCGAAAACCCUGUGGCAAACGAUUGUACUCAUAGAACUGUCCCUUAUAUGUGAACCCAAAUAAACCCUGACUCUCUACACUAAGUGGAACACUAAAAAAUGCACCACAUAAGUCUAACACCGUAAAAUGUGUCGCAUCAGGAGGAAUUUGGGCUAACAAAGUAUGCGGGUGUCACGAUCGUCUAAAACAGGAGACCAAGGCGCAGCGCGUUGAGUGAACAUGAUGACUUUAAUUAGUAACGCACGUCAAUACAAAACAAAAGACGACAGUGAAGUCCAAAUAGUGACUCUGACUAAACAGGAACAAAAACCCCACAGGAAAACAUACAGAAAUAAAUAUGGCUCCCAAUCAGAGAUAACGAGCCGACAGCUGACACUCGUUACCUCCGAUUGGGAGUCAUUGACCAAACCUAGAAAUACAACACUUAGAAACACCCAACCAAACAUAACAAAAUACACCCUGCUCAAAUACAAAAGUCCCGGAGCCAGAGUGUCACAGUACCCCCCCCUAAAGGUGCGAACUCCGGGCGCACCUGCAUACAGUCUAGGGGAGGGUCUGGGUGGGCGUCUGUCCACGGUGGCGGUUCUGGCCCUGGUCGUGGUCCCCACCCCACCUUAGUCACCACCCGCUUCCCUAGCCUCCUCCACAUGACCCCCACCGGUUUAAGGGGCAGCACCGGACUAAGAGGCAGCACCGGACUAAGGGGCAGCACCGGACUAAGGGGCAGCACCGGACUAAGGGGCAGCACCAGACUAAGGGGCAGCACCGGACUAAGGGGGCAGUACCGGACUAAGGGGCAGCACCAGGAUAAGGGGCCAGCACCUGACUCAAUGGCGGAUCCUGGCUGGCUGGCUCUGGCGGAUCCUGGCUGGACGGCUCUGGCGGAUCCUGGCUGAACGGCUCAUGGCUGGCUGACGGAUCUGGCUGCUCAUGGCUGGCCGACGGAUCUGGGCUGCUCAUGGCUGGCCGACGGAUCUGGCUGCUCAUGGCUGGCCGACGGAUCCGGCUGCUCAUGGCUGGCUGACGGAUCUGGCUGCUCAUGGCUGGCUGACGGAUCUGGCUGCUCAUGGCUGGCCGACGGAUCUGGCUGCUCAUGGCUGGCCGACGGAUCUGGCUGCUCAUGGCUGGCCGACGGAUCUGGCUGCUCAGGCUGGCUGACGAAUCUGGCUGCUCAUGGCAGGCUGACGGAUCUGGCUGAUCCUGUCUGGCCGAAGGCUCUGGCUGAUCCUGUCUGGCGGAAGGCUCUGGCUGAUCCGGUCUGGCGGAAGGCUCUGGCUGAUCCUGUCUGGCGGAAGGCUCUGGCUGAUCCUGUCUGGCGGAAGGCUCUGGCUGAUCCUGUCUGGCGGAAGGCUCUGGCUGAUCCUGUCUGGCGGAAGGCUCUGGCUGAUCCGGUCUGGCGGAAGGCUUUAGCGGCUCCGGUCUGGCGGACGGCUCUGAAGGCUCAUGGCAGCGGGGGGCUUAUGCAGGCUUGGGGAGACGGACAGUCAGACGGGGUUGGCAGACAGGGCAGUUUUAGGCCCUUUGGGGGAGACGGGAGUUAACGCCGUUGGGGAGCGGGCAGUUAGGGCCGUUGGGGGGAAAGGGGAGUUUUUAAGGGGCCCCCUGGGAGACGGGCAGUUCAGGCCGUUGGGCAGAGGGAGUUCAGGGCCGUUGGGGAGACGGGCUUUUCGGGCGCCUUUGGGGGCAGACGCAACUCUGGCCCGACGCGCACCGAAAACUUGGUGGGGGUUGGCGGGAACAGGCCGGACCGGGGCGGGCGCGCCACCGAACUUUGUGCGGGUGGCAGAAACCGGGCCCGGGUCGAGCCCCUAGAUUGGGCGGGUGGGGGGAACGGGCCCGGCCCGGGGCGGGCAGCGCACCGUAGAUUGGGGUGGGGGGAAAGGGGCCGGGCUGGCGACGCCACCCCGUAGAUUGGUGCGGGUGGCGGAAAACGGGGCCGCCGGGCGGGCGACGCACACCGUAGACUUGGUGCGGGUGGCAGGAACAGCCGGACCGGGCUGUGGAGACGGAUAGGAGGCCUGGAGCGAACAGCGGACACCACCCGUCCUGGCUGAAUGCCUACCCUCACACACUCUGUGUGAGGCAUCCGCACAGGACAUACAGGGCGGUGUACCCCUGGCCUGGUGGCCUCCUGGAUACUCCCCCUUUUCUCCUCGUCAGCCCCGUCGUCCAUGCCGUGUGCCCCCCCCUAAAAAUUUUCUGGGGUUGACUCACGACCCCUCCGACGAUGGCCCUGCUGCCGCCGUUGCUCCUCUCUCGCCAGGGCCUUGAUCCUUCCCCAAGGUCCCUUGCCUCCGAGCAUGUCCCUCCCAGGACACGAUGUGCCCACCUGGGCCAUCGCCAGCCUCUCUAUCUCCUUGCCCGGUGCCUCCUCCCAUGUCCAGUCUCCUUGCUCCUGGACACGCUGCUUGGUCUUUCUUUGGUGGGUUUUUCUGUCACGAUCGUCUAAAACAGGAGACCAAGGCGCAGCGCGUUGAGUGAACAUGAUGACUUUAAUUAGUAACGCACGUCAAUACAAAACAAAAGACGACAGUGAAGUCCAAAUAGUGACUCUGACUAAACAGGAACAAAAACCCCACAGGAAAACAUACAGAAAUAAAUAUGGCUCCCAAUCAGAGAUAACGAGCCGACAGCUGACACUCGUUACCUCCGAUUGGGAGUCAUUGACCAAACCUAGAAAUACAACACUUAGAAACACCCAACCAAACAUAACAAAAUACACCCUGGCUCAAAUACAAAAGUCCCGGAGCCAGAGUGUCACAGCGGGUCUGGCACUUCCGCUGGAAAGUCAGUUACUACCUCAUUCACUGCUCUCAAAUCAUGAACCACACGAUAAGUUUCAUCUGGUUUUUUCACAGGUAACAAAGGUGUGUUACUCUGAGGAUUUUUUGUUGUCCUUAAAACACCUGCUUUCGAAAGUCCUUCAAUUUGUGGUUCGAUCCCUUGGAUUGCUUCAUCUUUCAAUGGAUACUGAUUCUUCCAAGGAGGUCUGGCUCCUGGUCGAAGUUCAACUUUCACCGGUUGGGCUGAUUUCACAAGUCCAAUAUCGGUACUGUGUUGAGACCACAAAAAUUCUGGAACUUGUUGCAACAUCUCCUCUUUCAUAGGGUCUGAAUCCAUCUUCACACUGCAAAUAGAUUCGUGUGUUAUCCGUACAGCUUGUGGCUCUCCUUGUCCUUGAGCCGAAAUCAUGAUUUUGAGAAAUCGAUGAUCUUCAGUCCUCCAAAUCGCCAAAUUCUCUUUCAUCGGUAUGAAAACAGCUUUCUCUGCUUCUGUCAUCAUUUCUCCUAUUUUCUUCUGCUCAUAGCCUUCAGAAACCAACAAGGUCACAUGUGGCACACUCUUCUCAAUCUCAAAUUCUUUAUCCAGAUAAUCGUCUGUGUUUAUCUUCAUAGCUGCUCCUUGUGGUCCUAAAAUUAUGCAACGUGAGCUAAGUUGAACUUUCUUUGGUUGAUGACUCAGCCAUUCCUCUGAGUCCGAUUGGGCAGCAUUCUUGAAAUACUUGAGCGUACAAUGAAAUGGAUAUUCCGGAAGCCUCGCAUCUGGCAUGUUUGUCACAAUGAAUUUCUCCCAUAUCUUAGCCUGCUUCAAAAAAUCUUCACUGAGAUUUCCAAUCCAGAAUACUGAAGAAGAAUCCAUCUCUGUCGUCAUCGACAAUUGGUAAACAUUUUCCUUUGGCACCUCUACCAGACAGCCGUCUGGUGUACAUUUUAUUGUACAGUUCAAUUUACACAAUGCAUCUCUUCCCAACAAUGCAAUAGGUGUAUGUUCUGAUACUAGUAUGGGUAUUGUAAUUUUCUGAUUUUCAUAGCAGAGCUCAAUUGGUUCCGUAAGAGGAAUCAGCUGUUUCACUCCCUCAAAUCCGAUUGUCCUAAUUAGUUGAUUGGACAUAGGGAGAUGUGUAGCAUCUUCAGGCCGAACACAGGUAAAAGCAGCUCCGCUAUCCGCCAUCACUUCCAAUGGUCGUUUGUUUACUUUCACCUCAAUUGUUGGAUCUUUUUCCGGUCCUGAUGCUACCAGCUGACACCCCCCUUUCGGAUCUUCUGGGCACCUCUAGAAUCCUUGCUCCGGGCCCCUAUAAGGGUUCACCGGUCCUCCAGAUGAUCUUGACUGGCCCCUGUAUCUUCCUCUGAAAUUUCCUCUGGUGUUUCCUUCUGGCCCAUUACACUCACGGGCAAAAUGACCAACCUGUCCACAAUUAUAACACACUUCUGAAGAUUGCUGGAAGUGUGGCUUAAAUCUUCCUCCUCUUCCUCUUCCUAAACCUUCUCGUCCUCUUCCUCUCCAAUUCUGUCUCUGUCCAGAAACUGGCUGUGGAUAUGAAACAACUGGUACCCGCUAUUGGUGUCUGGUACAAUUGUGGUUGGAACUGGUUCGGUUGAAGCUGUGGCAGUGAUUGUUGAUUUGGUUUACCCUGAUUCUGCAUAACCAGAGUUUGUUUCUUCUCCUUCUUAUUCUCCACCAGUUGUAUUUGAUUGAGUUUUCUGAGAGUUUCUUGGUCCUGUUCUUUCUGGUUGUGUUCCUUUUUUCCGGUACAGAUCCACUUGAUGGGCUAUAUGAUCUGUAUAGACACCUUUUGUCAUGCUCCCAAGUCCAACCACUUCUGCCAGUUUGCUCCUUACCGGUAAGGGCAGUCCCAUCUGUAGUUUAGCUCUCAAGAUUGACUGCUCAAUUUGACUCACAUCUGGAUCAUUUCCGGUGAUAUUUCUCCACACUUGAUGAACUCUUGACACGUAGGCUCUCGGAUUUUCUUGUUGUCCUAGUGGGUCAAUCAGAAUGUUGUCAGGAUGCACAUUUGUUGGAAACGUAUCUCUCAGUGCUCUCCACAGCCGAUUUCUACUUGCAGCCAACAAUUCAGGGUCGUUCACUGCAGUCCCCACAUAUCUAUGAAGUCCAGCUCUCUGAAAAAUGUAUUCCAUGCCUGGAAUCCCAAGGAGAUUAGCCAAAAGUCUCUUAAUGUCUCCUAUGGCAGACUGUGUUCCCACCGUAAUUUCUUCCAACUUUGAAAUCCAAGGAUAUGCUCCAUCUUGAAGAGUAGGCAGCUUCUCAAGUAUAUCUGACAUAUCGGUAUUCUGCAAAGACUUAUAUUCUAGGUUUUGUCCUCGAAUGAUCACCGGCAUAAUUUUCUUACUAGUGCCCUCUUUCCUUGGCCUCAAUGUAUAUUUCUUCUCAGAUUCUUGGGAUUCUUUUCUCAGCAGCUUCUUUUCCUUUGUCUUCAGCUUCUUGAGUUGUUCUUCCAGUUCUUUUACUUCUUCUAAAUUAUUGGCCUUAUACAGGUAUGAUACGCAUCGGUCUAUAUCUCUUUCUAUUUCUUCUGUGCUAGUCAUUGUAGGAUGAAAUCCUCUUGAAUAUGAAGCACCUUUAAUCUCCAAAUCUUCAUCGUUGUCUCCAUCUUCGUUUUCAUCAGAACUCGAAUCACUUGUAUUCUUCUUCUUCCAACUUCCAUCACCCCUUCUUUCCGCUCUGGCCAACCUCUGUCUGAUGACAGGGUCAUAUCCACCCAUGAUCUCUUCUGAAUCACUCUGAUCAUCAUCAUCGUCAUCAUCGUCAUCAUCAAGUUCCAUCCUCCUUGACCUCACUCUACCCUUAGUCUCCAGACAUCUCGUUUUCUUCCUGCUUUUGGAGUUUGGAUUCAUCUUUAUGGUCGUUUCUGCUUGUCCUCUCUCUAUUAUUCGUUCAUCUUCAUCUCUGAUGCAAUAAUCACCCUCCUGAAUGAUCACUGGAAGCUGAGAAUAAACGUCCUUAAACUUGGCUUCUUUCUCAUAAGGUGGGGGUGUUUUUGCUGAAUCCAUAUGUAAGAAAGGUGUAUUGACUUCUGCCAUUAGUUUUUCUGUCACCUUCACCUCUUUUGCCAUUUUCUCUGUACCUCUGUACCUCUGUCUCUCUUAUCUUUUGUAUCUUUUAUCAGUUUUUGUCCUUCAUUUUCAAACAGCUUAAGAACACCCAGCUCUCUUUGUCUUUUUUCUUUACGUAGUUGUCCUUUCUUCCCCUUCUUUUGAUCUGCCUUAUACGUGGAUACAAGCACUUGCAUUAUCUUGAUGACGUCUGGGUUAAGAGUCCCUUCCACUGGCCAUGGUUGUUCAAUGUCAGGCCAACGUUUAUUCCAUUUUUCAGAUAAUUUUGCUAUACCAUUAACUAGAGGAUUACUAUUCUGUACUACAUCAAGAGGAGUAAUUGCUUUUGUAGUUUUGAUGUCCUUUUUCCCCAUUAUAAUGACUCUGUUAUGUGUUUCCCUCUUCUUUCUUUUUUUUUUUUUUUUUUAUUAAAAUAAUUAAUCAAUCAAUUAAUCAACUAAUUAAUCCAAUCAAUCAAUUAAUUAAAUCAAUCAAACAAUCAAUCAAUCAAUCAAUCAAUCAAUCAAUCAAUCCAAUCAAUCAAUUAAUUAAUUAAUACAUCAAUUUAUCUUAUGAAUUUUAUUUUACCAAAUUAUUGAUUAGUGGCAGUCUUACCACAUCCGAUCAGGAAAAGUAAAGGAAAGUAGUCAACUUCAGAGCAAUCCAAAAAUAAAAGACCUGUAAUCCUGCAACACUACAGCACUCACAAACCAAUUACUUAUUAAUCACCCAAUUACCUAAAUUUUACCGAAUAAUGUCAAUGCUGGAUUUCCAACACAACUCUAAUAAAAACAAAUCAUUCACAAAAACUGUCAUGUGCAAUUAUCAAUUACCUCAAUUCAUCAGUCUGUUGCCAAGUUCCUGCGAAAUGGUCACAACAUGAAAUAUUCUAUGUAUACACAAUGUAUCAAUUAUAUCCUGUAAGGGAAAGUAGGUUUUGUGGAUAAGAACAGUACUGGCCUUGAUUGGACUGGGUUGUUGUCGCUGAUGUCAGCUGGUCAGCACCUCCUCUCUCUCUCUCUCUCUGUCUCCUCCUUCUCGUCUCUCAUAUGACAGAAAGACAAAAGAACAAACAAUAUUUUUUUUUUUCUUUUUCACAUUCACGCUAAGAAAUAAGCAAACAGCUUAACUCAGGAAUAUUAUAAAUAGCUCAAUAACAUUUUAUUUUAUUUAUUUAUUUUAUUAUUAUUAUUUUUAAUCCGUCAAUAUAUCUCUCAUUCACCAACUCAACCGAUUAUCAACCAAACAGUUUCACAGUCAAGCAACAGUUAAUUCAACAAGCAGAACAUUUAACUUGUGUGCAAGAUUCCCCCUCCCUUUUUUAUCUGCUCUGAGACUGCCUCUCCCAGCAGUUCAGUGCAAGGGAGUGGCACAUCUGUUGUACGUAACUCUAAACUCAUAAAAUCCUACGCGUGCGCAGUUCAGUCACCAAUGUGAUUUCAGAGUGAAAGGAACUUCUCCUAAAAAGAGUAGACAGACCCGCUGUCGUUCCGUUCUCUCCUCCCAUAGACAAACAAUAAGACUUAACAGAACUCACAAACGAACACGGAACACAUAGAACAUACAACACAAAUCCUACUUCCAAGUUUGUUAUCUUCACUUAUCCUAAUCUGCAGAUUUAUAGUUAUGUUGUUAUCAAUUACAAAACAUCUCUAUACACUCUUAAAAAAGUCCUCCCUGUAGGCUCAUGAUUAGUUAGUAAACGUUCUCUUUUUAUAGAGACUCAUAAGAUUUUUAAACUUAUUGUCCUUCCAGGGGGCUCAUAGUUUAUAUAGUUUAAGAAUUAUAAACGUUCUCACAAACAGAGACUCAUAAGAUGUUUAACCUUAACUUCGUUGUAGGGGCUUAACUUCUUUCUAGGGGCUUAACUUCUUAUGAAAACAAAAAUCCCUGUUCUCAACCAAAACAUAUAUAUAUAUAUGUAUAAAUCUCUAACAUAGAUCUUAUUUUAACAUGAGUCGACACACAGCUGGAACUCAUCAGGCACGCAGCCACUCUCUCUCUGUUUCACACAAACACACACACACACACACACAGGCUCCGUUCCUCUCAUACACACACAUACACACACAGGCUUCGUUCCUCUCAUACACACACGAAAAGAAUGCAUCCGUUCAUACAAAGCAUGCUUACCGCCGUUCCUAUUUUCCUUUAUAUUCCUUUGCUAAAUUUCUGCUACCUUCAGGUUGUAGACAUUCAAAAGAGAGGAUUACUUCAGACAAAUACUUCGUCAAAUAGAUUCUGAGCGGUUAACAUACAAUUGAAUAUCUUCUACAACCUGCAGUUCCCAGAACUGACUUGAGAGUUAAUCUAAUAACUAUCAAGAUUUAUGGCCCAUCAUAUUGAUCGCCUCGUUUUCAAGGGCUUCCUUAAAUUAACGGCGUCCUAAAAGUAUACUUUUUACUUAUUUUCUAGCCUUAUUCCUUCAUGCCUUUCCUGGACACUCUCUCACACUUUUUCCAAGCCAAAAUAUGUGUGCCCAGUGUCAAUAAUUUCUAUAGACACUCCCCCCUGUUUGCGUUGUUCUCAACGCAAACUAAUUUAGAAAAUUUAGAACGGAAUUCCUAUCACACAGCAAAAAAACAGCAAAACGCACGCACAAGUAAUUUGACGGUACAUCUUGAACGCACACACUCUGGACUCACAAAAUGGCCAGCGCCCAAUGUUAGUGAUUAAGCUCACCUUAUCUGCCGGCUUCUUGAGCGGGAGUCACUUUGUAGCCCAGGAAUGGAAUGCAGAGAAAAGAUGUAUCACGUCCCAAAAAAUGAAACAACCUCGUCGCCAUUAAUGUGGUGUCCAAAACAAACCUUUGCUGAUAAUGCCGUGAUGAUAAGAAGUCCGCCGACACUGUACUUUGUUUAUAAAGGUUUAUUAUAACAAAGAGUUUCAGCGUCAGAUUUACAGAUACCUGCAGAUAUCUGAAGAACAGCAGGAGCCAAUUCUGUAAUUCGCUAUUCUUCCUUUCCCUCUGUUCAAGACAUGGUAUUUAUAUCAUAUAUGACAUAGUAUGGCGUGAUUUUAAUACCCAAUCCCUGGCCUUUCCUACAUAUCUUCCCAUAUCCUUUUUUCCAGGAACUUAGUGAUGAUUGCCAGAUGUUUCAGCAAGCAGAGCCAAGUUUCCUCUAUUCCAAGAAACCUCUGUAGCAAUGCUUUUCCAAAUGCUUUAGCAAAGUAGAGUAAAGUUAAUCUAUUACACCAUUUGCAAACAUCAGCAAAAUCCUAGAGCCAAGUUUCCUCUAACACACUUUUUGCAAAGGUCAGCACAAUCACAGACUCUAAGACACUACACCCCCCACAUACAUUAAUUUAUUUAAUUUUUUCAUACUGGCCCCCCGUGGAAAAUGAACCCACAACCCUGGCGUUGCAAACGCCAUGCUCUACCAACUGAGCUACAUCCCUGCUGGCCAUUCCAUCCCCUACCCUGGACGACGCUGUGCCAAUUGUGCGCCGCCCCAUGGGUCUCCCGGUCGCGGCCGGCUACGACAGAGCCUGAUUGGCUCAAACGCAUUAAGAAGGAAAGAAAUUCCACAAAUUAACUUUUAAGAAGGCACACCUGUUAAUUGAAAUGCAUUCCAGGUGACUACCUCAUGAAGCUGGUUGAGAGAAUGCUCAAAGCUGUCAUCAUGGCAAAGGGUGACUAUUUGAAGAUUUUCAAUUAUAAAAUAUAUUUUGAUUUGUUUAACACUUUUUUGGUUACAACAUGAUUCCAUAUGUGUUAUUUCAUAGUUUUAUGUCUUCACUAUUAUUCUAGAAUUGAAAAAAUAGUAAAAAUAAAGAUAAACCCUUGAAUGAGUAGGUGUGUCCAAACUGGAAAUGGCCAUGCAAUAAUUCUGUGUGCAGUCGGACAUGUCGAUUAUUUGCAGAUUAGUAAAGCCAAAAAUCUCUGGGAAAAGAAAAUGCCUGCCAUCCAUCUUAAACCAGAGUUGUGAAUAAGACUUUAUGGUCUCAUUGAUUGAUUGUCCACAGAGCCGAUUCAGCCAGACAGCUGCCUUCCCAGGGCAGUGAUCCAUCCCAGCUGCCUUCCCAGGGAAGUGACCCAUCCCAUCUGCCUUCCCAGGGGAGUGACCCAUCCCAGCUGCCUUCCCAGGGGAGUGACCAAUUCCAGCUGCCUUCCCAGGGGAGUGACCCAUCCCAGCUGCCUUCCCAGGGAAGUGACCCAUCCCAUCUGCCUUCCCAGGGGAGUGACCAAUCUGCCUUCCCAGGGGAGUGACCCAUCCCAGCUGCCUUCCCAGGGGAGUGACCAAUUCCAGCUGCCUUCCCAGGGGAGUGACCUGUCCCAGCUGUCUUCCCAGGGGAGUGACCUGUCCCAGCUGUCUUCCCAGGGGAGUGACCCGUCCCAGCUGUCUUCCCAGGGGAGUGACCCGUCCCAGCUGCCUUCCCAGGGGAGUGACCCGUCCCAGAAGAAGGAGGGCAAGUUCCGCAUGCUCAAUCAGAUCUUCCCACUGCAAGAGGAAGGAGCACUAUGCCGCCCGCCAGAGAGAGCUGGGCCGCGACGGACACCUGAGGGAGGAGACCUCAGAGGUGGAUGACAUCAUCACCAUGUUUGACUGCCUGGCGGACUCCUCCUCGGCCAAGGAGCCUGAAAACGAACGCUCCAAAGUCAGGAAACUGCCUUUGGUCGAAGCGGCGCAGAAACUCAAUCCACUCGACAUCCGGACGGCGAAGGACUACAAGGGACUGCCUCCCAUACGGACACAAAGUCUUCCGCCCAUCAAUCUGGGAACGUCUUUGCUGGCCAUCUCCCAGAGUGCUGUGGAGCAGAGUCACACCACGAGGCCGAUGGUCAACCACUUUGCCCACCGCUCUCAGAAAAGCAAGAGUGAGCAUGACUUGUUUGACAGCAGGCCGAAGGGACAAGCGUUGGUCAGUCAUUCCUGGAAGACCGAGUCCAAUCAGUCCAUUUUGGCCCACAAAUCCUGGAUUUCACCCCCAACAGAAAGGCUGUUGGACAAACUGUACCAUGAGACUUCCGGACCUAUGGAUGUCCUCUGCCCUCACCAAGCCCCAUACAUACAGAAGAAUGAACAAGGUAUUAUUAGUUGUGUCUUUCACAAGGUGGGAUGAGUUGAGUCUUUUACAAGGUAGGAUGAGUUGAGUCUUUCACAAGGUUGGAUGUGUUGAGUUUUUCACAAAAAGGAGAGGCUAACAGUCUCUGGUUUAGCAGAGGGGAAGUGUGACUUACUGAAACAUCUAAACUUGUGGUGCAUUCUCAUGAGUUAUCAAGUGAGUCAUCACAGUCCUUUCACCAGAGCUAAGCAGCAGUUAGCAAAAAAAACACAUCCUGCUAAGAUAAUAUACUGUAGAUAGCUACACUUGACUUCACAGUUCACACCUUGAGACCACUUAGAUUCAAAACCAGUAGGCCUAACCGUUUUUCUGUCUAAAAUAGAUUGACAUUAUUUUGCAUGGGAGUGAUGCAAGAGAACAUGUGUGAACUUCUAUGCAGUUGAGUUUCAACAAGGGAACGUAACGUCUGCAUUACAUUGCCACAACGUAUGCAUCCAAGUGGAUGCUAAUAACAUGAUGUACUUCUCCUCAUCACAGCUCCAAAUACACAGCUGCUACCUCUGGACAGGUUAAACAUGAGGGAAACUGCCCUAACACGGAACUGCUUGGCCCCCAUUCGUGACCACACCGGUGUAAGUACUUUUUUCAUGACUAUGUAGCCUUGAAAACUUCAGAGCUCUGAAUGCAUGCAUGAAUCCGAUUCCUUUCUGUGCUAAAACUAGAGGGCUCGAUGUUAUAUUCUGUAAGGGAAACAGGUCCCAUCCUUGGGGAUGUAUUGUCAUGCCUUAGUAUCACUGUCAACAUCACAAUCUAUACAACAUGUUCCACUACAAUUUCAGUAUAGCCAGCCUAGUGCUACUAGAGUGUACACAUAGCUUUGUGACUUUUUCGGUCAAGUCUUGAGGCAGUGUCUGUAGACGGCGGCUGUAGUGUUUCACUCCAGAGUGGCAGAGUCACAUUCAGUGCACAGGAAGGUAUGUCCGAAUGUUGAGAGGUGGAGGUGUAGACAUGAUCGCCAACACAUCACCAAACACUUAACAAGCUUUUCCCUCUGCAGUCUCCUUGCCACCAGAUCAAGUCUCUAAAGGGGUGAAGAAGUGCAAGUCCCUGCCUCUCAACACCCUGGGUCGGGGACAAGGAGGUCUCCCGCCACCUGUGACCUCCAAGUCCCAGAGGCCAGGGAUCCCCCAAAGCCCGUCCUUGUGCUCCUUCCUGCCCAUGCUGAAUGGAGACCCUCUGAGGAGCGUCCAGGUGCUCCCCGCCAUCCCAUCCCAGAGGAAACACAGCCCCACUGUGGGCCAACCCAAAAUGGACACCCUCAGUAAACUGGACAACAGAACCUGAUGCAACCGCAUGGCUCAUUGGAGGCUUGGGGAGAUAUGUGGUGGAGUGGACCUGAUUGGAACUGGGACUUGGCUGGGUUAGCUAGCAGCAGGCCAUUUUCUGUGGAAUUUGUCCCCAAGUGUAAAAAAAUAUAUAUAAAAAUUGGCCCUGAGUGUACAAACUGACUAAACUCAUCAAAAGGAACUCUACUGUAUGCCACAGUAAAUUGCUCAAGACAUUGCAAACAUUUGUUAAUAAACAGCAUCCUAUUUUUACACGUUUAUACUGUACUUUGUGGUGGAAACUCCACAAUUCAAGGCAUGCACUGUGUACUGUUUGAUUUCCUUGCACUUUGAAAUUGAGGCUUUAUGUUUAGUUUGUCAUGUGACUGUUUCGCUAAAUGAAUAAAACAUAUGACAUUUGUA